CCUGGACCCCGGGCCUGGUGUGGCGGGAGGAGGAGCAGGCUUGCGGCGGAGAGAGGAGUCCAGGAGGGCCUGGCAACUGGGGAAUGAAGCCUCCGCCUUCUCGGGCAGAAGCCUUUAAAUACUGGCCCAGGCCGGGGACUCUCGUUGCAGUGAGAGGAGACCUGGCGGAGCGGCUGCAGUGCGGCCCAGAGGGAGGAGUUGUCCGCGCCGCGGGGACAGGAGCGGAAGCCGCGCUCGGUGCUUGGAAUACAGUCAUGUUUGAAAUUAAGAAGAUCUGUUGCAUCGGUGCGGGCUAUGUUGGAGGACCCACGUGUAGUGUCAUAGCUCAGAUGUGCCCUGAAAUCAAGGUAACGGUUGUUGAUGUCAAUGAAUCAAGAAUCAAUGCAUGGAACUCUCCUACGCUGCCUAUUUAUGAGCCAGGACUACAAGAAGUGGUAGAAGCCUGUCGAGGAAAAAAUCUAUUUUUUUCUACCAAUAUUGAUGAUGCCAUUAAAGAAGCUGAUCUUGUAUUUAUUUCUGUGAACACUCCGACAAAAACCUUCGGAAUGGGGAAGGGCCGUGCAGCAGAUCUGAAGUACAUUGAAGCCUGUGCUAGACGCAUUGUACAAAACUCACAUGGGUACAAAAUUGUGACCGAGAAAAGCACGGUUCCUGUGAGGGCAGCAGAAAGUAUUCGGCAAAUAUUUGAUGCAAACACAAAACCCAACUUGAAUCUACAGGUUCUGUCCAACCCUGAGUUCUUGGCAGAAGGAACGGCCAUCAAGGACCUAAAGAACCCAGACAGAGUACUGAUUGGAGGGGAUGAAACCCCAGAGGGCCAGAGAGCUGUGCAGGCACUCUGCGCUGUGUAUCUGCACUGGGUUCCAAAAGAAAAGAUCCUCACCACUAACACUUGGUCUUCAGAACUUUCCAAACUGGCAGCAAAUGCGUUUCUUGCCCAGAGAAUCAGCAGCAUUAACUCUAUAAGUGCCCUCUGUGAAGCAACAGGAGCUGAUGUAGAAGAGGUGGCAACAGCCAUUGGAAUGGACCAGAGAAUUGGAAAUAAGUUUCUGAAAGCCAGUGUUGGUUUUGGUGGGAGCUGCUUUCAAAAGGAUGUUCUGAAUUUGGUUUAUCUUUGUGAGGCUCUGAAUCUGCCUGAAGUAGCUCAUUAUUGGCAACAGGUCAUAGAUAUAAAUGACUACCAGAGGAGGAGGUUUGCUUCCCGGAUUAUAGAUGGUCUGUUUAAUACAGUGACUGAUAAGAAGAUAGCUAUUUUGGGGUUUGCAUUCAAAAAGGACACUGGUGAUACAAGAGAAUCUUCUAGUAUAUAUAUUAGCAAAUAUCUGAUGGACGAAGGUGCACACCUCCAUAUAUAUGACCCAAAAGUGCCAAGGGAACAAAUAGUGGUGGAUCUGUCUCAUCCAGGAGUUUCAGAGGAUGACCAAGUGUCUCAACUUGUGACCAUUUCUAAGGAUCCAUAUGAAGCGUGUGAUGGCGCCCAUGCUGUUGUUAUUUGCACCGAGUGGGACAUGUUUAAGGAAUUAGAUUAUGAACGUAUUCACAAAAAAAUGCUGAAGCCAGCCUUCAUCUUCGACGGACGGCGUGUCCUGGAUGGGCUCCACCAUGAACUGCAAACCAUUGGCUUCCAGAUUGAAACAAUUGGGAAAAAGGUGUCUUCAAAGAGAAUUCCAUAUGCUCCUUCUGGUGAAAUCCCAAAGUUUAGUCUUCAGGAUCCACCUAACAAGAAACCCAGAGUCUAAACAUUGUCAUUUUUAUUUGUAAUUUUUUGGUACUUCAGGAUAGCAAAUAUCUACCUGAUAUUUAAUGGUAAAUGAACCAAGUGUUUUUAAGGAAAGAAAACUAUUUUUUUUAAUAAUCAAUUUGUAUUAGCUCUGUGGGAAUCAGCAUAUCUAGUAAUUAUGAAUCUAGAAUAUUUUUUACAUAUUUUUAUAAUAUUGUUACCUCAGUGGUUGGGUGAGUGGCAAAUGAUCAUGUUGGCUUUAAUGGUGUUGGUUUUUGUAAAACAAAAAUUAAACUUCAAACACUUUUUACUUUACAAAAUACCCAUAGGCAGCAUUUUAAUGUAUUAUAAAGGGAAAGCACUCUUCAGGUUUUCUGAUUAUCGGUUUGAUGACCUGUCAUUAAAUAUGUAUUUUAAAUCAUAAAA